GCGCCGUCUAGCCGCUGCGGCUGGGUUGUUAGUGCGUCUGCGCGGAGCUCGGGAGCCGCGGUUCUUGAGUGUGCUUCGGCGGGCGCCGGGUGUAGCCAUGCAGAGAGCGGAGUGCGAGCAGCCCUCCAAGCGGCCUCGAUGCGAUGGCAGCCCCAGAACCCCGCCGAACACUCCGCCAGCGGCAGACAGGCCCCUGAGCCCGGAGCUCCACCCGGACCACCAGACCUGGGGCCCGGAGCAGGUGUGCGCCUUCUUGGAGCGCAAUGGCUUCAGCGAGCUCCGACUGCUGAAAAGCUUCCGAGAAAAUAAAAUCACAGGUUCAUUACUGCCCUUUCUUGAUGAAUCUCUUCUUGAAAAUCUUGGGAUAAGUUCCUUGGGAGAUAGGAAGAAGCUGCUUAAUUGCAUCCAACAAUUGAGUCAAACUUACGUUGAUACAAUGAAGCACGAGCAGGGCUCAGUGGAGAUGUUCGAGCACCUGGUGAGCGCUAACGGGCUCAGAGCUGUCAUGGAGCACUACGGUCUCGUCCCUGAAGAAGAUAUUUGCUUCAUCAAGGAGCAAAUCAAAGGGCCGCUUGAGUCGCCCGACGACGAGGCCUCGGUACGUGGUGGACGGCGGGAGCCGCACUGCUUUCCGUCUGUUUCCUUGGCUGUUGGGGACCAGUGGCCCUAUAAAGGCCGCCCUAGAGAGAAGAGCUUCCUGUAUGAGAUUGUGGCCAACAAGCGAAAUGGCAUCGAUGUUGACAAAUGGGAUUAUUUUGCCAGGGACUGCCAUCACCUGGGAAUCCAGAACAACUUCGACCACAAGCGCUUCAUCAAGUUUGCCCGCGUCUUAGAAGUGGAGAAUAAGAAGCGGAUUUGUACCAGAGACAAGGAGGUUGGGAAUCUCUAUGACAUGUUCCACACGCGCUACUCCUUACACCGCAGAGCCUACCAGCACAAGGUUGGCAACAUCAUCGACACGAUGAUUACAGAUGCUCUCCUCAAGGCGGACCCCUACAUAAAGAUCACAGGUGCAGCCGGAAAGACGUACAGCAUUUCCACGGCCAUCGAGGACAUGGAAGCCUUCACCAAGCUCACAGAUAACAUUUAUCUGGAGAUCUUAUACUCCACGGAUCCCAAAUUGGCUGCGGCACAAGAGGUUCUAAGAAAUAUUGAAUACCGCAAGCUCUACAAGUACGUGGGCGAGACCCAGCCGGGGAGCCCGGAGAAAAAGCUUAAGAAGGAAGACUACGAACAGCUUCCCAAGGAGGUCGCCGACGCCAAGCCUAGCGACGUGCCGCUGGAGGCUGAGAUGAAGGCAGAAGAUUUCAUCGUGGACGUCAUCAACAUAGAUUAUGGGAUGCAAGACAAGAAUCCGAUUGAUCACGUUCGCUUCUACUGUAAGACAGAGCCCAACAAACCCGUCAUGAUCACCAAAGGCCAGGUUUCGCAGUUUCUGCCAGAAAUAUUCGCUGAGCAGCUGAUCCGCGUGUACUGUAAGAAGACCGACAAACAGAGCUUGUUCGCCGCGAGACAGCAUUUUGUCCACUGGUGCGCCAUGCGCGACUUCACCAAGCCGCAGGAUGGCGAUGUAAUCGCGCCGCUUAUCACCCCUCGAAAGCGGGAGUGGAACAGGGAUCCAGCCGCGAGCCCCACCGGCAACCGGGAGGCGCUCAGGACCAGGGGCCAGCUCUUCCAGGACAAGCUGGCGUGAGUGCUGCAGGGGGCGUCCCCUGCCCGGUUCCCCCAGAGCCCUCCGUCCGGCCCUCCGAAUGUACUGACGGUCACUGCUUCUCGUGUUAUGUUUUGAAUGUGCGCACAUGCUCAAGCUAAGUGGUUUUAAAAGAAACAAAAAGGUAUGUGGCCAGUCUUGCUACGCACACUGGGAAAAGCUGACAUGGACUGAUUUUAAUGCUAAGAAAACCUUUCUCCCUCCAUAGUCCAUUUUCUUAGGAUAACUCUCGUACCUACCCUGAGUGCUGAGGACAGAUGAUUGUUGUUAACUUAGAAAUGAGAAAAGGCUAUACAUUGAAAUUAGAUGUGGGAUUUGUCUUGGAUGGAUGUGGUUAAAACCAGAACAUAUAAUCCUAGCCCCCUGGGGUGGCACCUGUCGCCCCAAGUAUGUGAAUAGCCGUCCACAGGUAAUCUACGCACAGGGGAGAGGACCCCCCCGCCCUUCUAGCCCCCCGUACGCCACCAGGUUGGGGUAACAGCAGGAGGCAAGGGCCAGGAGUGGGUCUGACUCUCGGAGAAAGGCCUGGGGAAGUUAGCGGGAGGAUCUGGGGGCUCUGGCUCCCUCCUCAGUGGAGCCCCUGGGACAGAGGGGUCCCUCAAACCAGGCCGUUCCUUGAGUCCGUCCCAGCUUCAGGUCGGGGCAGUUUCUUUGUCUCCUGGGUGCUCGCUGCCCCAGUCCUGCAGGCCUUGGCCAUGAGCUGGGCGGAGGUCACCCCAGGAGCUGUGCUCAGCCCGUUCAGACCUAGGACUGCGUUGUGGCUGCUUCCGUGCCCUUGGCAGGUUGUAGGGCAGACGCCGGAGCACCCGAGCUGAGCUUGUGCCUCCCCAGCGGCUUCCGGUUGUCCCUCCCGUCUGGUGCUGAUCCGCCCAGGGAACGAGCCGGCAGCCGGGCAGUUGCAGCGGCUCUGACCACAGCAGCAGGUUAGCUAUGUCUUAGGGGUGCGUCACUUGGCACCAUAUGAGGCUGCUUGAAGAGGUUCAUGGGAAAAUGGCAUCCAAAAGCAUUUGUUUCGGUGGAGAAAAAAGGCCAAACUCAUGCACUUUUUUUCAUAACACACAUUUUCCGUGAGCUUUUGGAGGACCCCUGUAGAACCAGAUUCUGUUCCGUCCACACCCAGGGGCUGACCGUGGCUCAGUGCAGCACGGGAGCCCUCCACCGUGAGGCCCUGUGGAGGGCGGUGUUGACUCCUCGGCUCGCAGAAGCCUCAGCCAGGGCGGCCCCAGGACGUGGCCACAUCUGCUCGCCCAGCUGCCUCGACAGCGUUCAGGGCAGCGAACAGUGGCCCUCCGCGUCCUGCGGCCAGCCCCAAGGUCACGAAUGUAGUCUCUGCGGAGAUCCCUGUGUUUCAGGUCCCGUGGCUGCCCGAGUGCCGUCCCAGCACCGCAUCCCUUGCUGGCCGAGGUGCAGCGAGACUGUGUCUGGUUUGCAUCUUCUGUCACACGCGCGGCAGCUGCACUUUAUGCCCAUUACGACUGUUGUAAUGAUGAGAACCAUGUGCCGCUUACCAGGUUGCUUUUUAAAAAAAAAAAAUUCUUUACUGUUUGUAUAAAAAUAGAGAUUUUAACAGCAUGGUCUCUGGAGUCAUAGACAUUGUUGCCUUGAGACUGUAAAUGCAACGGCAGGUUACAAGGACGCGAUCCCCCGGCUGGGCUGGGCUGCUGCCAUAAAGUGUCCUGAAUGUGUCUGGGUGUGCGUGUGGCCGGGCCCAGCUCUGCCCUCUGUGUGAGGGGCCUGAGCCCUGGGCUGGGGCCGCGAGCAGCGAGGGCGUUGACACCCGGCAGCUGGCGAGGCAGCCCGAAGGGCCUCCUGUCCCUGCAGAGACCGGCACUGGUGGGAAGGGAGGCGGGUUCCCUGAGGUUUCAGAACUCCUGUUGUGCAGAAAACAGGUCAUCCUCUUCUUAAAAAAUAAAAUAAAAACUAAGACAUUUAUUUGAAAGGCAGACUAAUAGAGAUCUUCCACCCUCUGGCUCACUCCCUAAAUUCCCAUAACAGCCAGGUCUGGUCCAGGCCAAAGCCUGGAGCCAGGAAUUCCAUCCAGGUUUCCCACAUGGAUAGCAGGGCCAGGACUGCUUCCAUUACGUCCCAGGUGCGUUAACAGGGAGCUGGAUCGGAAGCGCAGGUUGUGCGGGACUCACACCAGGCACUCCGCGGCACAACGUCCACCCUCCUCCUCUCUCAACCUGCCCUCGGGCCCCGUCUCCACAGGUUUCCGUCUCUGUCCAGAUCUGCGCGUUACUCAUUCGCUGCUCCCCGAUCCUGUGAAAUGAAACAGUGGCUUUGCGAGCACCUGGCACGCGGGUGGCAGAGCAACCACAGGGCCGGAGAGGCGGUGAUGCCGCUGGCGUCUGUUAGUCCCGCCGCCAGUGGAGUCCAGCUUUCCCAGGUUGGAUGAUGACAUUUCAGUUAAAAGAACUUCCAAAGCACACAAGCUAGAGUCUCAUUUGACAAGGGAAUACACAGAUGCGUGUGCGCGUGUGUGUACCAAUUGGCAGGAUACACGUGCAGAUGUUAGUGUUUGGAAAGGUGGUUCAGCCGCUUUAAUUUCCGCUCCUUCCGGUUCCCACAAUAAGCACAUACUAUUUGUAGGACUCCUCCUAGGAUGGUUUUCAUGAGGGACUUUGUAGCUUCCGCUCCUCCGCGGUCACCUCCACAGCCGAGCAGUGCUUGCCCCGUCCCUUCUUGGGUCCCAGACAUCGGGGGGGCUGGCCAGCAGUCACAGUCAAUGCCAGGGCCCUCACCAGGCGCCGGGUGGGCUGCUCUGUGUAAGCAGGACCUGGGCGGCCCCUGAGCCUCAGCUCAACGCCCAGGCCUCCAGCUCCAUGAUGCAGAACUGCUCGUGCCGGGCCAGCACCUCAUUGUUGAAGGUCGCGCAGGGCUGGCUCCCGCCGUGAUACAAGUCUCCAUCCAGCCACAGCCCAAAGUGGCCACUAAAGAGAAGAGGACAGUGGUGGCAAGGUUCACAGUAAGAGAGAGAGACAGAGAAAGGUCUUCCUUCUGUUGGUUCACCCCCCAAAUGGCCACUAUGGCCAGCGUGCUGCACCGAUCUAAAGCCAGGAGCCAGGUGCUUCUCCUGGUUCUCCCAUGCGGGUGCAGGGCCCAAGCACCUGGGCCAUCCUCCACUGCACUCCCAGGGCCAUAGCAGAGAGCUGGACUGGAGGAGGAGCAACCGGGACAGAACCAGCGCCCUAACCAGGACUAGAACCUGGGGUGCCAGCGCCAUAGGCGGAAUAUUAGCCUAGUGAGCUGCGGUGCAGGUCUAGAGCGUUUUUCUUUCUUUCUUUUUUUUUUUUUUUUGACAGGCAGAGUGGAUAGUAAGAGAGAGAGAGAAAGGUCUUUCUUUUUGCCGUUGGUUCACCCUCCAAUGGCCGCUGCGGCCGGCGCAUCUCACUGAUCCGAAGCCAGGAGCCAGGUGCUUCUCCUCGUCUCCCAUGCGGGUGCAGGGCCCAAGCACUUGGGCCAUCCUCCACUGCCUUCCCGGGCCAUAGCAGAGAGCUGGCCUGGAAGAGGGGCAACUGAGACUAGAACCCGGUGUGCCAGCGCUGCAAGGCGGAGGAUUAGCCUGUUAAGCCACGGUGCCGACCAUAGAGCAUUUUUCAAAAUAUGUAUGGGCAGUGGUACAACCACCUGCACCACCCGGUUUUAGGCACCGGGACAUUUUUUCUUGCAAGUGUUCAGCAGAGGUGCGAAUCUCGCGGCUGUGGACCCUGAAGGCCCCUAACUCCUUCAGAAAGAGGCCUCCUAAAGCCCCCCCAGCCUCCCGCCUCAUCUGGAGCAGCCAAGCAGGACUGGAGAGGAGAGGAAACGGGACCAGGACAGAUGACCCGAGACACGCACCUGCCGCUGCCCAGCAUCAGUGAGUCCAAGUCUCCUUUCACGAAGAAAGAGUUGCUUCCGGUCCACUUGAAGACCUGGGGAGGUGGAAAGGCUCAGGUUAGCAGCAGGUCUUGACCCCAAAGCUGGGGGGGCAGGAGGGGCUCGGGGCUCUCGAGAGUCCUCCUGCCAGCAUCCCUGGUGUCCGCCACUUCGUACCAUCGUUAGAAUUCCCACCGCCUGGAAGCCCCUUCAUUGGAGGAAUGGGAACAGACCUCGAAGGCUGCCUGCUUCCUACAAUAGAGAGAGGAGUGGAGAAGCCCAGGGCAGGAGAGCUUGAACUCCACUCCUGUGUCUCACUGCCUGUGCCCAUCGGUGAGACGCCCCCUGACGGCGACCACUUCUGCCUGGCCCAGCCUCGCUUGCCCCUGUCCACGCUGCAGCUUCGCACCCUCCCCUGGCCUCCUGUUACUAUGGGAACAGUACCCACCUCCUUGGUGUAGAGCGCUCUUCCCCCCAAGCACCCACGAGCCAUCUUUCAGCCCAAAUGACAUCUCAUAUUUCCUGCGGCCGCCCUCCCCCUCAGACCUGGUUUUUAUUUUUCAAAUUGGAAGGGCAGACACACAGCUCCCAUGGCCAGGACUAUGGCAGGCUGAAGCUGGGGGCCAGGAACUGGGUCCGGGUCUCCCGCACGGGUGGCAGGGGCAGCUACGUGAGCCAUCGCCUGCUGCCUCCCAAGGGGAGCAGCAGCAGGAACAGCACACCCCGAUACGGUGUGCACGUCGGCAGCAGCCUGUUCCGUGGGCCUGUCGUGAUCGUCCGCUGUGUUCCUGGUAUGUAGUUGAGAAGUUUGUUGAGUGAAGAAAUCACUUGAGUCCAAUCAGGCCAAGCGUUAGAGAGCCACAAGAAUAUAGUCUGCAAGAGGCCUUCGAAAAGUUUAUGGAAAAAUACAGAUUCUGCAGAAACCUAGCAGGGAUUUCAAACCCAUCUGCACCCAAAUAAACAAAAUCCACUUUGAAGUACCCUCAUAUUGUUGCUUGUAAUUCAUUGCACAAAAUUGCUGCGAGGAACCAGCCGGUCCACAACCAGAAGACGGGCUGAUCCGAGGGAGUCCCAGGCUCAGAGGG